GUUACCAUAACCAAGCCCAGGGAAGAUACUUGAUCGCCACAUUAGAUGGCUGCACCGAGGCUUAAACUAGUUUCUAGUCAGACUGAGCCGAACAUAAGCGUUCCAACCACGGACCAGUAGUGAGGAGCAAUGGAUCUCCGGUAGAAGUGCUAACAAUUCCUGACAAAGUGCUGCCGAAUAACAUUAAUCACAUUCCUUCAGAUUAUUUAUCUGAAAAAUAGACUUUUCUUAGAUUGUUCGUGACGCGAUUAGCAGUGGGUGAUUCAGUGAUUUUGAAAAAAUUGCGAGUAAUAUCAGGGGUCGUGGGGUGACUUUUGUAUAUUGUUGCUGUUACUGGAAUUACAUAGUAUUAAAGUAAUUGAACGGAAAAUUAUUCGUUCGCUCUCCUUGAUUUAUUAUUAAAGAUAAAUCGGAAAAUAAAGUGCUCAAAAUGUACCGCGGAAUACUAGCUACGAUCGUAGUUAUAGGAAGCCUGCUCGUCACGGCCAGUUUCGCGUACAUAGUCAAUCCAGGACCUGUUGUCAAUGCCACCGUAGGUGGAGUGUGGCCUAGGCCGAAGUAUCUAAGGUCAACCGAUAAUUACUUUCUAAUCGACCCCAAGAACUUCAGUAUUUUGCCCGUUGAAAAUACUUGCGAUAUCUUAGAUAAAGCUAUUACAAGAUACAUAAAAAUCAUCCAAUCUACCGUGCACAGUCCAAUUUAUUACCCUCAUGUGGUUCAUAAUGGAUCGGGUACAAAUGUAACUCCAGCUCAGAUCCUUAGUUCCCUCAAAGUGAAUCUGACAUCACCAUGCGAGCAAAAACCUCAUCUGAAGAUGGACGAAUGGUAUUUCCUAUCUACAAGCGGAACUAUCAUCUCACAUUCAAUUUGGGGAGUACUUCGAGCAUUGGAGACUUUCUCGCAAUUAGUGACUCCCUAUGAGAAUCAGAUGCUCCGCGUUACAGAGACACAUAUCCGCGAUGAGCCUCGAUUUCCUCAUCGCGGUCUUUUAGUCGAUACAUCGCGACAUUAUAUUUCCAAGGAUAUUCUAUUUCGAAUUCUGGACGGCAUGGCCUAUAACAAGUUGAACGUAUUCCACUGGCAUAUUGUCGAUGAUCACUCCUUUCCCUAUGUUAGCAAAAAAUUCCCUGAAUUAUCCGCGAAGGGGGCAUUUAGACCGGAGAUGAUUUAUACUCAAAAGGACGUUGCUGAUGUAAUUGAAUACGCCAGGAUUCGUGGUAUUCGCGUUAUUCCUGAAUUUGACGUUCCAGGGCAUACCAGAUCAUGGGGCGUAUCCCAUCCAGAAGUUUUAACACAAUGUGAAGGAUCGUAUCAGGGUCUAAUGGGGCCGAUGAAUCCGAUUAAGGACGUGACAUAUCAAUUCAUUGAUGAGCUAUUCCGCGAAGUACAAGAAGUAUUCCCCGAUCAAUACAUUCAUGUGGGAGGUGAUGAGGUUGGCUUUGAGUGCUGGAACAGCAGCACCGAGAUAGUUGAUUACAUGAAGAAGAACAAUAUCUCGUCCUUCAGUUUCCUGCAAAAGAACUUCAUGGAGAAGGUGACACGAUCGGUUACAGCUCUCGAUAACAUUCCGAUCGUCUGGCAAGAGGCAAUGGUUGAGAAUGUUGAUAUGCCUCCCGGCACCAUUGUACAAGUAUGGACAGGAGACUGGCGAGUUUUACUAUUCAUGUUCACAAAAGCAGGUCAUCGAGCGUUAAUGAGCGAGUGUUGGUACCUAGAUCACUUGGAAAAUGGUGGCGAUUGGAAAAAGUAUUAUAAUUGCGAACCUUUGGAUUUCAUCGGAAGCGAGGAACAGAAGAAAUUGAUUUUGGGUGGCGAAGCAUGCAUGUGGGCUGAAGUGGUCAGCGAUCGAAAUAUUUUGCAAAGAAUUUUCCCUCGUUCCAGUGCAGCUGCAGAGAGACUUUGGUCUCCACAGCAUACAAGGAACUUCGUAGAGGCGCAGCAGCGUCUAGAGGAACAUGUUUGCAGAAUGAAUUUACGUGGUAUACCGGCACAACCUGCAAAUGGUCCUGGUAUAUGUUAAAAUCUUAAUUGUAAUGGAAAAAUCUGAUUAAAACAUUUUCUAUCUUAA